AUGACCACGACCAUCCAUUCGGCGCCAAUCAGCAGAAGCAGCAGCAGCUCAUCCAUAUCCACCAUCCGCCCCUCGAACUCUCGGAAACCGAGCUGGGACAGCGCCAAGUGGUACGAUGUCGACGACCAGCCCACCCUCGAGGACUUUACCGUUCGACUCGGCACUCUAUCGAGGAGAAUCGACAUCUGGCUGGGACGAUGCGCGACGAACGUGGUCAUGGGUCUGCUGGGGCCGACGCCAUUUGCCCUGUUCUUCCUCAACCCCAUGUGCCUAUUUCUGGCCUUCUUGGGAUUGAUAUGGUGGCUGAUGAGUCGCUCCGGGGUGCCAUGA